CUCAUAAAGCUAUAGUAUAGAGGAUUAAAAAAAGGAACAAUCUCAGAAAACAGACUAUUCGCUCAUUUGAAAUCAUUAUUACAAUAUUCUUGGGAGUUACCUUAUUCCUACUAAACCAUCUCUCCAGUCAGAUUCUGACUCAGAAGUUCUGAUGGUUAAGCUUUUCAUGGGGCUCGUGAAUACGAUGUUUUACUCUAAAUUUAUAGAAACUCUCGGACCAUAUACUUUCUUUAAUACAGAAAUCUUUUACUUGAUCAGAGUUCCUAAAAACAAGGGAGUUUAUGAAUUUAUAAAACAUUCGUUUCCUAAAAGAGGAGACAAAUUUAAAUUUUCUAUUUGGGAUAAAUGAAAAACUACAACUCUUUAUUAUUUCGAUCAAAUAAUCAGAGUAGGUCCGAAAGUUUUGAAGCAAGUAAAUUUCAGUAAUUUUAUUCUCAAUAUCCCCAAACUGAAGAGAUUAUUAGUUGCAUAUAAACAUGUGGAGAUACUUUGACUUGAUAAUAAUAUGCUCUAUCUGCCUUAUCCUCCUAACCUUAAUUGAUGACUCAAAAACUCAAGAAUCUAAGAUUUUACACUAAGUUGCAUGUGGGUUGAUGGCGGGAUAGAUUCUUGAGAUCAUCCUAAAGAGUUUGUCAAAUUAAUUCAAGGACUCGCAACUUCAUCAGAUUUCAGAACCAAUACCCAAAAGAUAUCUCUUUUCUAUUGUGGAGUUACUCAAGAAGCUGUUCAAAAAAUCCUCUCUGCAUGAAAUUUCACCAAGACCAGGCUUGAAUAUACCUGUGACUUAACUUAGUUGCUCUAAAUCUUUACCUUCCUCUAUUUUUAUUUCCUAAUUCCAACUUUGGUGCAGCCAAGUCUCAAAUUCCAACGAAUCACGAUCAAAUUCUGACUAUAAAUUUACUAUUAGGCGAAGGCCAAUGGCUCAUUAUAGGCAUCAGGGUCUUAACUGGAACUUCCUAUUGUGGGUUUUUGUUCCACCCGAGAAAAGUCAGAGUAAUCAUUGAGCCAGUGAUAAAGGAUCUCCGAUAGAAAAUAUUAAUUAAGGCAAAAGAUAGGAAUAUAAUUAGUAUAUCAUCAUGGAAUCCUCCAUCCAGCAAAUAGAAGAUGUACUCGAACAGAAAGCAAGCUUUGAAAAGUCCAUAAAAACAGAGGAGAAAGCUAUUGGCAGAGAAGUAUUACCAUCUGCCUAUCAAAACAUAUAUUCUUGGUAUCCCAAAAUUGCUUGGUUAGAUUCAGAUUCUUGUAUUGCUUCAAUAACAUCUUGAGAUAUAAUUCAUAUGAACCUUUACUUAGAAGACCAAAAAUGUAUCAAAUUGAGCAAAAAGAGACCUUUGUUCUCUUGCGUUAUUUUUCAUGAAUUGAGUUUGAAUUAUUUCAAAACAGCCAGAAAGAAUGCGGUCUUGUCACUAUUGUUAUCACUUCCAGAGAGAGUCAAUUCAUUUUAUUUUAAUAACUCUUUUAGAGAUCCAAUCAACCUCCCCACCUGAUAUUUAGAUCCCAUUAUCAGACUAAAUUUUAGGGUAUUAAAUAAAAUGUGUCUCGAAUGAUUUUGAAUAAACUUUCGAAAUCUAAAGAAGUUCAUUACAUCAUUUAGACAUGUUGAGACACUAUGCAUACUUUUGUGUAAACUUUCUAUUCCUGAAAUCCCUGAUUUCGCAAAAGCAUUAAACAACACAAGCAUCCAAAAGUUCAAAUUGUGCUGGUCUGGCCUCCCCAAUGCUAGCAAUUGGGUAGAAGACCCUCAAGAGUUGACCAAUUUGAUCCAAGGAUUAUCAACCUCACCAGACUUAAAGCUCAGCCUUCAAGAAGUAGACUUAAGAAGAUGCUUGCCUAAUGAAACCAUGGCUAGAAGCCUACUUGAAGAAAAUGGAUUUGGGUCUGCUAAGGUAAUCAUUUAGGCAUAACUAUAAUCCAAUA